GCAUAAUCCCCCUCAGCACGGCGACUUUUGGCCGCUGCAUCCAGGGCAUCUCGGGAGAAUUGGCCGAUGUGCAGCACAUGGACUGUAUCGCAAUGCCAGCAGACCAGAGAAACGACAUGACACACAAUCACAUUUCCCAUCAUAAGUAUGCCCCUUCUCCAUCGCUGUCUCCUGAAUAGCGACACACUGUUCAAAUGGCAACCAGCGAUCAGUCCCAUCCUCUCCAGAACUUCAUCACUGAGUGGGUGCCAUAUGACUUCGUAAUCCCUUGACCCCGACUCUUGUUCAAAUAGUUAUAGCGCAGGGCCAUGCCUUCUACUGCGACAAACCGGGCAGCAUGAGAGAACGAACCCAACAACGCAGGCCUGAGAGCCUCAUCGAUCGCAUCCCGCCACUGGGCGAAUCUGGCAAUUGUGGACAACAACCGCCAGACAAGCACACCAACAUCCAAAACAACCACCACGUCGAGAUUCGCCGUCACAGCCCCUUAGACCACCUUGCUGACAGCGGCGGCGACGGGCACUGGACAAGCCACGACUACUGCAUGUACAUGUCAUCACGCGUUGGGCGAGCAGGCGGGCAUGACCACGUCCCCCGUGGCGGCCUCGUCAGCCUCAUCCCGGUUUUGCUCGAAGCAAAGUCCCAGACAAAGUCAGCAGCACGAGCACCAUCAAGUGCACCUCACAUACCGCGCAAUUACUCGCGGCCAUUGCAACGCCGUGGCGAAAAUUACACAAAUGCGCACGUCCUCUCUGAUGGCUUUGACAACCCUCUACGAGGCCUCACCCACACCAUCUCGCAGCCCACAGCACGGGAACUGCACAGGCAAGAUGCAUUGGCCUGUUCUUCUCAUGGAAAAAAAGACUAUCCUGAACCUGAACCUGAACCUGAUCGUCGUUCAGCAAGGCUUAUGCGGAUGUCCGCAUAUAAUGCACCUCAAUCUCGCCCCCAGCAGGUGACAGCACCCCCUCCUCCUCGACCAGAAAGUGAACAGCCAUUCAUCGCACCACUGCCACCAUACCUCUCCAUUUUCCCUGCUAGAGAUAAUGCGCCGCCUUCGUACGAGGCUUCAGUGCAACAAUGAUAGGUCAGGACUUGGGGGGUUGUGGUCAAUUUCGCUUGUACCAGCCUUUCAGCAACUAGGGCUGCAAUCGGCAUUGCUUGAUUUAUUCUCUUGUAUUUUCUGAUGAUACCUCAAUUCCUGUCACGAUAUUCUCCAGCACGUGAGAUGUCUUUGUGGUUUGUUGUCGCGGGGUGCUCUUGCGAUUGGGCAGUCUGGAACACAGCAGAGGGUAGAUUGUACGAGUUCUGGCGUUUACAACCUUGCGGGAAAGUCCUACUCUUCCUUCAUUCAUGAUCACCCAGGCAACGUCCCUAUAUCCGCUCAGAGCAUUUGAUCCGACGUAUUCCGACACAAAUCAAAACCACACCCGUUA